CACCCAUGGAAGGAACCAGUGUCAAUAAAUAAAUAAUGGCGACUUCCAAUUCCAUUGCGAGGCCGAGCAUGGAUGUUAGCGGUAACUUUGCACCUCCUGAAAUCCACAUCUCCGAGCCACCCGAAGAGAAGGAUUAUGAUGAUGAUUUUAAUGACAUCAUAGCUGAAGAUGACACGCCAGAGGCAAAAGGAGAUAACUCUGCUUGUGAGGCAGUCAACUACAAGGUUUCUAUGGAUGAGUUUCAGAAGGUUGAUGUCUUUAAGUCACCUUCUACCCUCACCAAGAUGCCUGAACCUCAACCAUCUUCUACUUGUGGUAUAGAGGAUGAUGUAGAUGGAUCCAUGCAGAAUGAGACUGCUGAGGCGGAAGAACCUGUCCCUGAGGAACCUAGAGAGACUGACCAAUCUCAGCCAUCCAAUCAAAGUUCAUUGACCCACAACCAGUCUGUUGAAGGGGAUGUCAAGUCUGGUGAUCCUCUCUUAGUGAAUGGAACCAGUCAAGCCAACAGAGAUGAAGGACAUAAUGGGGUUACCACUCCAUCAUCAGAGGACAUUCUCAAGGCAGAGAUGAUAAGGACUGCAGCCCCUGAGCCCUCAGAACAGCUUCAGAGAGCCCAAGCCGAGUGGGAUGCUGUGGAGACCAUUCAACCUGGUAAACACAGCGGAGUAAGGAAGCAACCUCUAGUAUCGUUCAAUGAAGCGCUGGGAUUCUUUCAAACCUGCAAUAUGGAGAAAUAUAUCAGUGGGAUAAAACCUUGUAUUCAGAGAUCAGGGUUUGCCGCCCUCAAACAUCUCGUCUUGGGACCACCGAAGAUGAACAAAGGUCUGCUCGAUGAGAGGAACCUAGUCUUUGCUAUUGCACAGUAUCCAUUUGACGAUGAAGAAGACAUUCAUAAGCGUGUUCUUCAGACCAUCUACAAGCAGCUUACAGGAAGUGCGAUAGACUGUCCUAGGUUUGGAUCUCAUUGGGAACAAAUAGGUUUCCAAGGAACGGAUCCAUCAACCGAUCUAAGGGCGUGUGGUUUCCUUGGUCUACUCACCUUACUUGAUUUUCUCAUGGACUCUCAGAAGUUAGCCCUAGCCAAAGAUAUCUACAGACUAUCACAGCAUGAAACACAGAAUUUUCCUUUCUGUGUGAUGUCCAUAAAUAUGACAAGGAUAGCAUUGCAGACGUUACGAGAAGAAUGUUUAUCAAGAGAAUGCAACAGACGGAAGCAAGUCUUUGGUGUUAUUAAUGAUUUUUAUGCGAGCUUAUUCUUACAACUCUAUCAGACGUGGAAACAGCAGAGAAAAACCAUCCAUGAUUCAGGUUUUGUCAUCAAAGAAUUGGAGGCAAGCUGUAAGAAGAAUCCUCGGAAUUUGAUGCGUAACCUUGAAAUCUACCUCGCGGAGAGGUCAUCACGAGGGGGUGACAUGUCUCCGAGGUCAGGGGUCGCCUCAUCACCUGGGAAAGAUAAAACAAUCAUGGACUUUGCUGGUGUGCAUGAGCUGGAAGACAAAGAUGGCUGAAAGCAGGAACAGGACA